AUGCCUAUCCCUUUCAUCGGCCGGCUAAACAUCGUCGAGUAUGUGGCUUUGGUGGGGUCUUUUCUGCUGGUAGGACUCGAGGCUAUCAUCCGCGUCCUGACCUUGGCUCUACCCUCGCCGCUCAUCUCGCUCUUCUAUGUGGCUUCCCGUCGACUGUUUAACCGAUUCUCGACGCCGGCGCAUAAACGCGCAGAACAGCGCAAGAAGUCCAUCUCGACCAAUGUGAGGGACGCCUCCGACUUUGUUGAUCUCUGCCGGUUAUACGGGUACGAGGCCGAGGAGCACGUCACGCAGACCAAGGAUGGCUUCCUGUUGGGUCUCCACCGCCUGGCUUGGAGGAAGGGCGAGGAGGGCCAAAGGAUCAACUGCGGCCCAGGCAGCGUGCAGAAGAAAGUCGUAUAUCUGCAUCACGGGCUUCUCAUGAACUCGGAGGUCUGGGUCUGCUUGACCGACGAGCAGAGAUGUCUUCCGUUCGUGCUUGUCGAGAAGGGCUACGAUGUUUGGCUCGGCAACAACCGCGGUAACAAGUACUCAAAGAAGUCGGUUUCUCACUCGCCAAAGUCUCUCGAGUUCUGGAAUUUCUCCAUUGACGAGUUCGCCUUCCAUGACAUUCCCGACAGCAUCGCUUACAUCCUCGAGGCCACCGGCCAGGAGAGUCUGUCAUACAUUGGCUUCUCCCAGGGAACCGCUCAGGCUUUUGCUACCUUGGCCAUCCACCCCAAGCUGAACCAGCAGGUCAACGUUUUCAUCGCCUUGGCGCCAGCAAUGUCUCCUGCCGGUCUUUCCAACGGUAUCGUAGACGCACUAGUCAAGGCGUCGCCGCAAGUUCUGUUCCUCCUCUUCGGUCGUCGAUCGAUUCUCAGCUCCGCCACCAUGUGGCAGUCCAUUCUUUACCCGCCGAUUUUCGUUCGAGUAAUCGACGUCGGUCUUUCCUUUUUGUUCAACUGGCAGACGAAGAACAUUUCUCUCAGCCAGAAACUCGCGGCUUACCCCCAUCUAUACUCGUUCACCAGCACAAAGAGUGUGGUCCACUGGUUCCAGAUCAUCCGCAACAAGUCCUUCCAGAUGUACGACGACGACGUCCACCCUCCCGUGUCCAUCAGCUCGUCCAGCAAGUAUACCAAGGUCGCCAAGUACCCGACUCGCAACAUCAAGACCCCUAUUGUGCUUGUCUACGGCGGCAGCGACUCCCUCGUCGACAUCAAGGUCAUGCUCAAAGAACUUCCGAGUCAGACUGUAGCCACCGAGAUCCCCCACUACGAGCACCUCGACUUCCUUUGGGGCCGCGACGUCGAUGCCCAAGUCUUCCCGCACGUUUUUGAUGCCCUCGACAGCUUCACCGACGCACUUCACUCCAAGGAGGAAUACGCCCGCUACCAGCUCGCAAGACAGGAGAGCCUCCUCGGCUCCGGCAACGCGUACCGCCACGCCCAUAAAGACAGCGACGUCUCCGCCAGCGACACGUCGAACGCGGUGGAUGAAAUCCAGCCCAGAAACGGUACGGACAGCCCGCUUUCAUACAAGUCUCGAGACCGACCGUCCGGGAUCCCCUCGCCUUUCGGGACGACCCGCACGAAUAGCAAUAUGAGAACUCCGUAUUCGCAGGUCGCCGCUAACGACGACGAUGUACCUUCUUCACCAGACAGACCUGACAGCCGCGCUACGAACCCCGACGACAAGGAGGACGGCAGCUUACUGAAGCCCACCCGCGAGUCACCGACGGCGAAGCUCAAGGGCAUCGGCGUGAGGAGGGGCAGCGGAGGCAGCAGCCUGAGCUUGGAUAGCAUGCGCGAGGGCAAGGGGAUCAGUCUGGGCACGAGCAAGGCCCUCGGGGGCGUCGUGACGAAGAGCGGGAUCGAUGCCAAGGGGCUGGGUAAUGCGGGUGUGGAGGAGGUCAAGGGCGGGAAGAAGAAAAAGCGUGUCACCGUGGCGCCGUACGAGCAAGAGGAUAUUGACGAUUAG